CCGAUAAACCCCACCAAAGAAGAAGAAUAGCAGCUCGAGUCGAGAGCUCAACUCGGAACCGUCUUCCAGCGAAUAAUAACGUUCUACUCUUUGCUAUCAGAGCUAUCGUUUCCUUCGAGAAAAUACAAAUUUGUAUGCUGUAGCUAUUAAUAUGCUUAGGCAUAUCUUUAGCCUUCAGAAAAGAGACAUCAGACGGACAGCUUUUUUGAGCGCUCUACGAAAAAGAAAAAUAUACGGGAUUCCGAACGUUCGAUUCAUUCUGUAGCGAAACAAUUGGCUACAAUCUAUUGUUUGAUUCGGGGCGUGUUUUCAACCAAACAGAUACAGUUUAGUUUACGUCAAUUGCUUGGAACGUUUGUGAUCGUCAACUAUCACGACGGGAAAUCAAUCUGAUUAGCAACAGUUGCUGUUGAGCGAUUGCUGUCAUCUCUGAAACUAGUAGGCCUACGUGCAUUUGCCGACUAUUUUCUGAACUCUUCAAUUCAUUGAUCGAAAACAUCAUCCAGUGACGUAAAAAGUUGGUGAAAACAAGAUAAGAAACACGUCAUCAGACUAAAGGUCCAAAUAGGGGGAUUUCAGAAGUCAGAGCACAUGGAAUCUACAAAAGCAGGGGGUGUAAUAGCAUACAUCAGCUCCUCCAGCCCUGAGUCAUGUCAUAGUGACUCAAACGACUGCUACAACUCCUCUUCCCUGCCACACAACUCCUCCCACAUCUGUCGCCAGGGCAAUGUGGUGGACACGCCCCUAACCACAGCAGGUCUCCCACUGGCCCAUACUACAGCAAAGACCAGUGCAAAAUGCAGCAUUACUAAAAUCAACGGCCUAGUGCUGCUGUGUAAGGUGUGUGGAGAUAUUGCAUCUGGAUUCCACUAUGGGGUCCAUGCCUGUGAGGGCUGCAAGGGUUUCUUCCGUCGGAGCAUCCAGCAGAACAUCCAGUAUAAGAAGUGCCUGAAGAACGAGAGCUGUGCCAUCAUGAGGAUCAACAGGAACCGCUGCCAGCAGUGUCGCUUCAAGAAGUGUCUGCUGGUCGGCAUGUCCAAGGACUCUGUGCGUUUCGGCCGCAUCCCAAAGCGUGAGAAGCAGCGAAUGCUGCUAGAGAUGCAGAGUGCCGUGAACAACAUGAUGAACAACAGCCAGCUACACAGCCAGCUCCACGGCAACACACCCCUCCCCCUGGCCAAUCAGCUUCAGGUGCCGGCCUGCCCUGGGGAGCCCCGCCCCCAAGAUGUUGACUCUGGUUUAGGCUCAUCCUCUUCCUCCACCUCUCCCGCCGCUUCCCCCGGGUCCAACCAAUCAGAGGAGCCCAAACAUCACCCAGCGUCUGCAGUCGCCAUGGAUACAAGCCGAAGCCCUAUAUCGGCGUCUCCAAGUGGUUCAGACCGCGGGUCAGAGGAUGGGAUUGGCUCUGUGACCCAGGCCCACCAGGAGUCCUUCAUGUACAAUCAGAAGCAAGGUAGCCCCUCCCCCCAGUCCCAGGCUGAUGCCCAGCCGACCUCCCCGGGGGAGGAGCAACGUGUCAGUGACACUGGAAAGAGGAUAGAGGAGAGGAACUGGAACCAGCAGGAGGCCUGGAAGCAGAAGAACCAGAACCAGCAGAAUGACCUGGCCUCAUUCACAGUCACUCAGGCCCACGACCAGGCUCAGGAGAGGCCCACCAACACUGGGCCUCAGGGCCCUGACAGGCACCAUUGCCAGGAGGAUGACACCACCACCCCCAGCCAUUGCCCCUACAGCAGAGGUACUCCCCCCACCCAGAAUCACUGUCACUACAGCAGAGACAGACUGCCCAACAGCUCCCCUAGUGGCUAUUUCCCAGCCUACACCCACCAUGGAGGCAACAACAGCACUAGCCAGGCCACCUCCAACUCCCAUGGAGGAUUGACAAGACCACUGUGGAGCGGGGGCAACAGGAUGCAUCUGCUGUGUCCCAUGAACACAUCUCCCUAUGUGAAUCCCCAUAAGUCAGGCCAUGGGAUCUGGGAGGAGUUCAGCCACAGUUUCACCCCGGCCGUCAGGGAGGUGGUGGAGUUUGCCAAGCGGAUCCCAGGCUUUAGCGACCUCUCCCAACACGACCAGGUCAGCCUGCUCAAGGCUGGUACCUUUGAGGUGCUAGUGGUCCGUUUUGCGUCGCUGUUUGAUGUGAAAGACCGCACCGUGACAUUCCUGGGUGGUACCAAGUACAGCGUGGAGGCGUUACGAGCCAUGGGCGCCGGCGACUUCCUGACCUCCAUGAUGGACUUCAGUGAAAAUCUGAUGGGGCUCGGCCUUAGCGAGGAGGAGAUGAGCCUGUUCACCACCGUUGUCCUCAUCUCUGCCGAUCGCUCAGGGAUUGAGAACGUGAACUCUGUGGAGGCGCUUCAGGAAACUCUGAUCCGGCACCUGAAGGGCCUCAUCACUAAGAACCACACCAACGAGUCAGCCAUAUUCACCAAGCUGCUCCUCAGACUGCCCGAACUGCGCUCCCUUAAUAACAUGCACUCUGAGCAGCUGCUGGCCUUCAAGAUCCAUCACUAGACCAGAACCAAGUUCUGAACCUGGGGAGUAUUCAUUAGGCACCAAAUGGAACAUUUACUGAGAUGGGGAGGUACCACAUGAACUUGCCCAAUAAUAAAUGCUUGUAAAUUUUUCCCCCGUUGCAAAACCUUUUGCUAUGGUGUGCCCUAAUGAAUAUGACCAUGGACAUUGGGUCUGAGGCCUGUGGUUGUGGACCACAAAGCCCAUUUCUCCACCCACCUUGACACACCUCGACCAUCUACACUAAUGAACUAUGAACCCUGACCUCCAAGAGAACCCUCAUCACGCCCCUCACUUCACGUGAUCUUUUCCCUUCACAAACAAGUUGAAGUAGUCAGCAAAUGUGUCAAGAUCAAAGGGGAGGGAGGGGAAAUACUUAAGACUUCAACGUUAUCGUACUGUAAGGCUGAAAGGCUUCUGUUGUAAUAACCAUGAAUACACACGUUCAGACACAAGCGGAAGAUAUUAUGUUUCUUUGUCUUGUUUCUGUAUGUCCGUGUUGUGUAGGAAGUUUGCAACUGUACAACCCUUAGAGAAUAACCUUUUAUAAAUAUUGUGUAGAUGUGUAUUUUUGCAUCGUUGGUGCAAUAUGAAAUGUGAUUUGAUUAUUUACACUUUUCGUUUAGGUCUUACACCAUGGCUCUCCAACCCUGUUCCCAGAGAGCUACCACCUUGUAGGUUUUUGCUCCAACCUUGUUCAUGGAGAGCUACGAUCCUGUAGGUUUUUGCUCCAACCCUGUUCCCAGAGAGCUACCACCUUGUAGGUUUUUGCUCCAACCUUGUUCAUGGAGAGCUACCAUCCUGUAGGUUUUUUCUCCAACCCUCUUCCUGGAGAGCUAC